GCCAGAGGGUGCAUUUUGUAUGGUGGGUGUGCAUAUGUGAGGAUGCAUGUUGGCGGUAUGGUAGGUAGGGAGGUUGCCAAGUUACACGAGGCGAAUCAACCGACUGCAUGCUCGGGACGAAUAGUGAGAGCCAACAUCGUUUCGGUACCCGGGUGUAAAAAUACGGGCAUGAUGCGCGGGGUUGAGUCUCCGUAUUUUCCCCGGAUAGUGACGGAAACGUACCGAUAAUUGGGCCACGGAACUAAAGGUACGUGCGUCGUCGGUUCAUCGAUAGUGACGUUGGUAUUGGAAUGAGCGGAGGAUUGGAUCAAUUGGUGUGGAAGCACAGACUUUCCC